AGAUUCUGAAUCCCCAUGUCUUUUGUGUUUUUGCAGCCACCACAGAAAAGACAGAGAACUGUGGAAGACUUCAAUCAGUUCUGUACCUUUGUGCUAGCCUAUGCAGGCUACAUCCCUUACCCAAAGGAGAAUGAGCCCUGGCCACAUAGAGGCAACAUGAGCCCCCAGAACAGUACAGGAAGCACCCAAGACAGUGACAGCUGGACAUCUUGUGAUUCCCAGGUGCUUUCAGAUGACAGAGGAAAUAGGAACACUACAUGCAAGGGUUCUGGAGACCUGCUUCUGGACUGUCCUGACAUUUCCAGCAGUUUCUGCACAGGUCGGCCCCAGCAAACAAAAAAGAGGAAACCAUCAACAAAGAAGCACAUCUUGGGCCAAGAGGAGGAUAAGAGCAUGAUAUCAUUGACUGUGAAGGACACAAGACAGGAAAAGACUGAGUCAGUACAAGAGGCUUAUGGCAAAGAAGAGGAGCUUGAAUCUUGUCUCCCAAGAGCAGAGGUCCAGCCCAAAUCUCUCCUGGAACAAUACAUAAAAGACAGUGACUGGGUCCAUGGGUUGCAGGCAGCCAAGACGCUUGGAGAGCAGGACACAUGCGAGGAGGAAAGAAUCACCCCUUCCUGUUGGAACACCACAGAUCAAUGCAAUGACGAGGAACUCAGUAGAGAUGGCUCCCAAUUGAGUACUACGUGUGAGGAGUUUAACGCAGCCUCCUCCGACACAAAAACUGAUGAGGACGAUGCUUGGGAUCUUAUUACUUGUUUCUGUUUAAAGCCUUUUGCUGGCAGACCUAUGAUAGAGUGCAGUGAAUGUGCUACUUGGAUCCACCUCUCUUGCGCAAAGAUACGUAAAUCCAACGUGCCUGACAUCUUCAUCUGCCAGCGAUGCCGUGAUGCAAAACAGGAGAUUCGUCGCUCAAACAGAGCCCGCACUGUCCCUCGCAAACGCUUCUGUGACUGACUUUGGUGAUGGGUGGGUUCCUUCUGAGACUGGAUCCCCUGUUGGAAAGACAAUCAAAAUGCAGGAAUUUCCCUGGGGGAGUACACUGGGACCCCCGUUCUUCCAAGUCAGUGAAACAUGUGUCUUGCUCAAGACAGUGGGAGGAGGAGGGGAUGUGCAUGCUGUUCUCUUAUUGAAAAGCCAGUAAACGAUGUUGUUGAGAUCUCAGGGUUCUCCUAGAGCAGCAGGACAAGGUACCUGGCAGACACAAGUGACUGGUUUGGAAGAUUCCAGUGCACGAUGCACUAAGUCAGCCAGAAGCCCCUUCCUUCUGCAGAUUGCAAUUGGUGCCUUUCCUCGGUCAGCCUAAUGGAGUUGGCGCCAAGGUAGUUUCUUUGUGGUAUGAUAGCUACUCAAAGUUGCAUUUGUAGAUUGGUGCCCCCCAUGUUUGUGUUUAUUUUUGUCUCAGGCCUGUACUUCCCAUUGAAAUAGGAGUCGAGAAACAACUGGAACAUUUUCAUAGGUCAAGCACAGAGUGAAAGAGGGCCGUUGUCUUCCAGGGCACACUGCUUGGAAGGAACCUCCCGGCAGGUACAAGAACAGAUCUUCUGUUAGUAUGAACUGCAACAUGGAGCAGACUUCAGCACUAUAGUUAUAGCGCCUUUUUCCUGUAAUGUGGCUGCUUCCUUAGCAGAUUCAUAUAGAUUACAGUUUUUAGUCAGGCUAGUCACUUAAGUGUAGAAAGGUUGCAGGAUUCACUUAAUGUAAAUAUUUUGUAUACAUACAUAUUCCUAGAAAAGGUCCAGUUGCACCUACUCGCCCCGUUUAUCCACACCAGACUUCCAGUUGCACUAGUAUCUUAUCUGAAGGAAUGGAGGAAUUGUGGGACGAAACCAAACCUUGUUACUAGUAGAGAUCAUGGUAGCUGCUCUAGAGGCUUUAAAAUCUUAAAGAAUGGCAGUUGUAGAAGACUCAAGGUGUGAACUGAACUGAAGAAGCAGAUUGGGUCCUGCUUUUGUUUUCAGACUGCUUUCUUGCUGCUGCGGAAGUUUGCCCCAGGCGAAAUUUGGAUAGCACAUGAGGAAGAGAGAGACCUGUCUACUAUGCAAACCACUGCUGCUUGUUCUUGGAAGUUAUGCCAGCAAACUAAUGUUUGUUUUGCAAAAUGACGGGUCAACCUGCACUCUAUACCUAAUCCAUUGAGUCUCUUCAGUUUGACCCAUGUGCCUUGUUUAUCACAUCCCAUACAUGCACCUCCUCCUCCUCCUCUUUGCCCAUGGUUACAAUGGUAACUCUUUUUUGUUGUAUAUGGCAUUUGCAAUAGCUUAAGAUGGGCCCUGUCCUACAUAGAAGGGCAGCCUUUUUGGUCAUCAUGGUCAAAAGAUUUUAUGGAGCUGCCCCAUAAGCCAAUCAAAAGACAUUCUCUCAUUAAAGUGUUUACACUUUUUAUAGUUAGUCACUUUCUAUUAAAGAUGUAAACUAGUA